UAAACAGAUGAGUUUAGUGAGUGUAAGUAGAGCCAAAUCAAGAUCACAAUCCACUUUUCGUAUGUGAUAGAGAAACAGAUUCCAAGCCCAGAAAACUCCAAAACCCCUCCCUUUCCUUUUUGUUUCUUCCUCCUCACAUUCCCUUUCACUCUAGCUCAAAAUCCUCUGUUUGCUGCUUGCUGCUUGCUGCUUGCUGCUUCUCCAAGGUUCUCUUCCUCCUUUACCAUCCAAAUGUCUUAGCUUUUUGUUUUCGUGUCUGUUCUGUGGUCUCAAAGAUGACAACUUGUGUUUCUCCCUGUUUGACUUCUCCCGAUUCACGAGUUCUCACUCUUCUUAGAAAGAGUGUUACACCAGAAGGCAGCAGGGUAAGCUGCUUUAGAAUGGUCCAAAGUAAAAGAAACCGUCUUGUUUCAGCUCAGAGAUCCGAGCCUUGGCCCACUUCCAGCUCUCACACUCCCAACCAUUUACAAAGCCAAGACCCUUUCUUGAACCUCCACCCUGAGAUCUCCAUGCUCAACCCAAGAAAAGAUUCUUCCAGUACCGAGGAUCUUGGCGACUCAUCUCCUCCUAGUAACUACAACGAGGCGAGGAUCAAAGUUAUCGGCGUUGGAGGUGGUGGCUCAAACGCUGUGAACCGCAUGAUACAGAGCGAGAUGAUCGGCGUGGAGUUUUGGAUUGUGAACACCGAUAUUCAAGCGAUGAGGAUGUCUCCGGUUUUUCCAGACAAGAGGUUGCAGAUUGGUAAGGAGCUGACUAGAGGGUUAGGCGCUGGAGGUAAUCCGGAGAUUGGAAUGAACGCUGCUAGAGAAAGCAAAGAAGCUAUUGAAGAAGCACUUUAUGGUUCAGACAUGGUUUUUGUCACUGCUGGAAUGGGAGGUGGAACCGGAACGGGCGGGGCUCCGAUAAUAGCGGGUGUGGCGAAGGCAAUGGGUAUAUUAACGGUUGGUAUUGUGACAACGCCGUUCUCAUUCGAGGGAAGGAGAAGAACGGUUCAGGCUCAGGAAGGGAUUGCGGCGCUGAGGGAUAAUGUUGAUACUCUCAUUGUUAUUCCGAACGAUAAGUUGCUCACAGCAGUCUCUAUGUCCACUCCUGUUACCGAAGCGUUUAAUCUGGCUGAUGAUAUACUUCGUCAAGGAGUCCGUGGAAUCUCUGAUAUCAUUACGAUUCCUGGAUUGGUUAAUGUGGAUUUUGCGGAUGUGAGGGCUAUAAUGGCAAAUGCAGGUUCUUCAUUGAUGGGCAUUGGAACUGCAACAGGAAAGACACGAGCAAGAGAUGCUGCAUUAAACGCAAUCCAGUCACCGUUGUUAGAUAUUGGGAUUGAGAGAGCCACUGGUAUUGUUUGGAACAUAACUGGUGGAACUGACUUAACAUUGUUCGAGGUAAAUGCAGCUGCAGAAGUGAUAUAUGACCUUGUUGAUCCAACAGCAAAUCUGAUAUUUGGCGCUGUGGUCGAUCCAUCCUUUAGUGGUCAAGUAAGUAUUACCCUAAUAGCAACUGGCUUCAAACGCCAAGAAGAAGGAGAAGGGAGGCCUCUUCAGGCGACACAAGCGGAUGCAACGAUGGGAGCAACAACAAGACGUCCUUCUUCAUCUUUCAGUGAAGGCAGUUCCAUAGAGAUCCCAGAGUUCUUGAAGAAGAAAGGCCGCUCUCGCUAUCCUCGCCUCUAAAAAACUCAUCUCCUCAAGAGCUGCGUGCGGAUAUAAGUAAUUGCCUCACUUGGUGAUUCAUUAAUAGGUGUUAGAAAUGGUUUUAUUGUUGACUAUAUUACACAAUAACAAUAAUGUUUAUUGACAAUUGGUAUUAUAAAUCUCAGUCUCUGUCACACUUGUUUCAAGGGGUCGCCUUCCAUAGGUGAAAACUU